AUGUCGAGCUUGCCCAAGGCGUCGAGCCUGAAGAGGCGGAAGUUGCAGAUGGACGCGAUCAGUGCCGAGCAGGAUCUCUGGGAGGCGAAGAUCCGGAUGGCGCAAGAUUCACGUGCGCAGCAGGAUACGCUACUGGUGGAGGUGGCCGAGACAGCGCAGGAGGAGACCAAGCUGAACUCGGACAUCGAAAGGAAAACAGACUUGCCGAAAAGGCUGAGCCCCAACCGCCGCCAGGCCGAGAAGCUGGAGCAGAUCUGCAAGGACAAAGAGGGCCAGGUCGCCGUGCUGCAGGGGCAGCUGGACGCCUGCCCGGGCUCGCCCGGCGAGCUCGGCCUCGACGGCGCGCCGGCCGCCGCCGAGCGGGCGCAGCAGAGGAGGCGGGCCCCGCCGGACCAGGGCGAGGCCGCGGACCCGCCGCGGAGGAGGCCGUGGGCGCCCCCAGAGAGGCCUGCCGUGGGGGGCGCGGCGGAGAGAGCGGCGGCGCCCGCGGCCGGCCGGGGGGGCACGGCGGACGGCGCGGGCGGCCGCGACUGGGCCGUGCGCUUCCUGGAGCUGCCCUGGGUGCGGGCCGCUCGCGGCGCCCCGGAGGGGGCGCCCCGGGAGAGGGCGGCGGCGCCCGCAGCCGGCCGGGGGGGCGCGGCGGACGGCGCGGGCGACUGCGACUGGGCCGUGCGCCUCCUGCAGCUGCCCUGGGCGCAGGCCGCUCGCGGCGCCCAGGUGGCGGAGAAGAGCGUCGACCAGGACGCGCGAAUCGCCGAGCUGGAGUGGCGGCUGGCGCGGUCGGCCCAGGAGCUGUUGAAGGGCCCCGCGGUGGUCAAGGAGAUGUUUGCGGAGACCUUCGGCACCACCCCGGAGGAUCAGGGCAAGCUCGGCCAGCCAGUGCUUUGGCCCGUGCCCAGCUUCCAGGUUUUCGUCGCGCACAGGAGCACAUUCGCGGGCACGCUGUUGCACGGUCAGUACACGAAGGGUUCCGCAACGUUCCGCUCCGAUUCUAUCACGACCAUCAGCGUCCUCAAGGACCUGAUCACGCGGGAGGCCACGGCUAAGAAGAUUCAGCUCAAGAUCGACGUGGAGGUGAAGGACGAGACCUUCCCACGGUUCCUGGAGCUGAUCCACCCGAAGCUCGAGUUUCAGCAUUCACUAACACAGCAGGUGCGCAUGGUCGAGCCCCUGCGCGAGGUGCAGCUCCAGGAGGGGGACGUCAAGUUCCUCGCCCCUGAGCUGCAGCAGGUGCUCGAGCGCGGCACCGAGAUACAGCAGCAGUUCGAGCUCCAGCCGCGGCGGCUGGCCUUCCUGCACAGCCUCGUCGCCUCCGCCUAUCGGCACAAGUGGCGGCUGCGCGGGUACCAGAGCGUGGAGCAUCGAAUGAACGAGCUGCAGAAGCUACUCGAUGACUAUAACGUGGAGCAGAUUGCCGCCUUCUUCGACGAGCCCGUCGACUGA